AUUACUAUAGUAAAGUGCAAUGGUGUGGUGUUUAUGUAAAAGAUUAAAAAAUAAACACGUACCUGUUUGAAUUAUCUCGUUUAUUUAAAGAUCGUCUUAAAUGAUGUCUAUGUUACAUUCGAAUGUUGAGCCCUCAUGGCAUUGGGAAACCAACGCUGAAUUCAUCAAUGACCCCUUAGCAGUGAUAUAUCACGAGGGUCAGUGGACUUUGAGUAAAGUCUCUCCUUUAAACAACUUACAAUACAACAGAGUGAAGCUAAAACAAUAUGCGUCCAAAAUUCGUCUAGCAUUGGUCAGUAGCGUGUCUACGAAGUCUUCUGUCAAUUAUGCGGUGCAGUUUGACCAGCAGUCUCUAUUGAAGUAUUGUGAGGAUGAUGCUGAUGCUUUAAAGAUAAAUGUUGCAACAACAACAAAUGGUGGUAAGACAAAGAUGGCAUACACAGGCAUUUUGAUGUCCUGGGGAGUCAGCAGUGGCCCUGAAGGCACUGUUCACUUGCCUUAUAUGCUGGAGCGGGGAGAAAAAAAAAUUGCAGAUGUUAUUAAAAUCUGCUUGCAAAAGAUAUUUGACUGCAAUAUAAAACCAUUGAGUUUUACACAGUAUCAACUGCUGAUGUUUGGCUUCAGUUUUGUGGAGUGCGCAUCAGCAAGGGGCACUGACCCUUUUGUCUUGUCCUACACCACUCCUGGGGCAGUUGACAUUAAGAAUAAGCUGGACAUGCGGUUUGAAGUCAGCGACGUACACUACAUGUGGAAUGCAUUAAAAGAUGAGGUGGAAAACAUGUCAGAACUCAUAAGCCAAGUAUACCAGAUUCUGCAAAAACAAAUAAUGCAUACAAUACAGUAUGACAUAUCUUUCUUGGAUAUCUUCAAAAUCACACUGCUCAAAGCAGAGAUCAAAAGCAAUGGUAUUGUUAAAAUGAAAUCACCUGAAGUGGUGAACUCUGUUUUUACCGUAUUGAAUGAGAUCAUUUGCAACGAGACUCCAUUAGAAUUAGACAGUUGAGUUUUUGUAUCAUGUGUCGAUUUGUUGUUUAAUGUUGUAAAUAUAAGGGUAUUUCACCUGUCCAAUCUCAGUGCGUCUCACUCUCUGAUUAAAGCAAAAUGGGAGACGGAAUACACAUUGGACAAAGAAAUUGGAUAGAUGGAAUACCACCCUAAGUAAUAUUAAAUACUCUAGGCUGUCAACCGAAAAUGUUAGUUAACUCAUAAGUAUUGUAUUUUUAAUAGCUGUACUAUGUCAGUAGAGUUGACAUGUAAAUAGUUUCUUUGUGUGAAUGUUUUAACUUUGACGAAUACAAUGAAUUACUUAUACAUGCAAUAAUCAAUGUAAUCUAUGAAGUAAAAUGGAUUUUUCCCACCAUCAACUUGUUACCUGUGGUAGCAAUUUCGUGGUAACAAGUGGGAAUAACCGAGAAAAUAGUCAGGUCACUGUCAGUGCACACAGUUAGUUGUAAGUGUAACUAUACCUAAUGUAUGCACUGCUAAAUUGGCUGUACGUACAACAAAGCAAAGCUUGUGACAUGACAACAGCGGCAACAGCUAUAGCUUGUCACUAUGCAUUUUGAACAACCAAUAGUGCCUGAUAUAGCAAGACAUGUUGGUUUUUGACACUAAUGUUGCGGUUCUAAAAUAUUGAAAUAAUAUG